UUCACUUGUUUUCCUUUAUGCCAUCUCUCUCUGCGCUGAGUUUCCGAGCUCGUCGUCUCUCCUCUGUUGCUAUUCCGUUUAAUGUUUCCCUUUCUCACUCAUUAUGAUUUUCUCUCCAGUUAAACCUCGCCCCUUUCCACUGACAGUUGCCUUUCCUCCGCCCCCGUUUCCUUUCUCUGCUUUUGUCGGGUGAAUCCUGGACAGUUUCUGUCAGUGAAACGGCAUCUCCUCCCCGGGGGAAGUCCAACUCAUGGAUUCUGUCAUCACGGAAACUUCCUCUUUUAAUGAAACAAAAAGGGGCCCGAGAAAGUAACAGGCUUCAGAGCAGAAACGUUCCUCUCCAGGGAGCGGACCGAUAACCGAGUGAGAAGGCGGCACGCUGAGUCAUGUCCCAGAAAGAGGAUUUGAGCGAAGUUACCGUGAGUCAGACCGUGAGCAGCUGGGAGUUAGACCGAGGCAAGGAAUCGAACCAGUGUGAGCGCCGUUUGCUCACUGUCCUGCUCGCCUCCGUGCUGCUACUUUUCAUCAUCAUCGCAUCCCUUGUCUGCACCUUUUGGCUUUUAAUCUUUCCCAAAUUUACCGCGGAGAACAAGGGAACUGGAGGCAAAUUUGCUGUACACAUAUUAGCAGAUCGUGGGCCCAACGAAACAGUAAGAUGGUCAGCCACCCCUGGGCUAGGACGGAACCAUUUGGGCAGUGGCUUCCGUUUUGAAAAUCAGAAGUUACAGACCACCAGAGAUGGGAUGUAUUAUGUGUAUGCAAAGCUGAAAGUGUACUGCUCAGUUUUAAAUGAAUGCAAGAACAGUUCACCGGUCAAGUUAGAUAUUACCCACUGCAUUGAAAGUUCCUGCUUACCUGUACUGAGCACUGAGAUGAAAGUAUCCCAGGAGAAGGGACAAGAGGAACAGGUUGCCUUUGGGUAUUCGGGCAUAUUAGUCCAAAUCUCGAGCAAGGGCUUCAUCCAAGCCAAAAUUGAAGGCUUGCAGAAGGAAGACAAUGUCAUGCUGGAUAUUGAUCAUACAUAUUUUGGAGCUUUCUUGAUAGAAAGCUAGAUGUUCUUCAAUCAAUACAAAUGACUGCACUUUAACAAACUAUAAUGUGUGUAUGAUCCAUGGAUUGUCCCAAUGCAAUGGAUGUUGGUUAUUUAUCAUUACCCAACUCUGGACAUUCCUGAUGAAGAGCUUAUGCUCAAAAUGUCUACUCUUCUGCUCCUCAGUGCUGCCUGACUGGCUGCACUUUUGCAGUGCCAUACAUUUGGACACUUAUUGUGAGCCUGUUUGAAUCUAAACAUUUUUGCAUGAAGGGACUUAAUGUUUUAAUCUCACUACAUUAUUUAUAUAGAGUGUUUAGUCCCUGCUAUGCAGUGGUUCAGUUUAUUGGGCAUGUUAUUAUGUCCUUUGUCUGAUAUUCAGAUUAUGGUAUUCCAAAAUUUGGGAUUCUCUACAUAUGCCUUUUUUGUAAGAGGUGAAAUACUUGUAUAAAGCAAAUUGAAUUGAACUGUUUGGCAAUCUAGUGUCCAUUUCAAGUCUGAUUCAAGUUGCCUCAUUCUCUUGAUUUCCAUUGGAAACUACCAAAGGACACUAUUGCUACACGUUUCCAUGAACAAUGUCUUAUCUUGUAUUUCCAUUUGAAUGUAACUUUUUUUGCACUAAUUUAUUGUCUGUUUAUUCUAUAUUUACAAAUUAGCUACCUUUUGGGAUAUUUAUGUAACUUAUGAAAUUCAAACUGUUACAUGUAUUUACUGGUGAGGUUUUCGCAGGUCUACAAAGGCCAUGAUACAUAUUUGUUAAAGUCAAAAUAAUAAUAAAA